AUGGUUAUCACUACACAGCCUGGAGCAAGGAAUGGACCGAAGAAUUCAGCAGAAAACGAGAAUGACGCAGAAAAUAGAUUAAAGAACUCGGCGGAGAAUGAAACACAGAACAGAGCAAUUAAUUCAGCCGAAAACGAAGCGAGAAAUGGAGCGGAGGUCGAGGCACAGAAGAGGUCACGAACUUCAGCAGAAAACGAGAAUGACGCAGAAAAUAGAUUAAAGAACUCGGCGGAGAAUGAAACACAGAACAGAGCAAUUAAUUCAGCCGAAAACGAAGCGAGAAAUGGAGCGGAGGUCGAGGCACAGAAGAGGUCACGAACUUCAGCAGAGAACGAAGAAAAUAACGGUAAUGCGAUUUACUCAUUAUAUCGAAGUUUCGUACGCUCAGCCGAAUUCAUGGUCGAAACACUGUGA